GUGUAGGAAAAGUAUUUGCAUACGGGUAUGUUGUGUCUCUGCGUAUGAGGUUGGUGGGCUUAAAAAGAGCCACAGUUCAGGUGAACGUGACACAUCUGACUGCAGACUCCGAGUCAGUGAUACAGGCAGAAUGAAGGCCCUCCUCUCUCUCCUGCUUCUCUUCGCCGCCGCUCUACUGAUGUCCACUAUUUCUGCUCAAGCCGGUGGAUCAGUAAUCUCCUGCUGUUUGGAGAUUAAAGGCACUGCAGUGCGCCGCAAACUGAUCGUUUCCUACUACCUACAAGACACAGCCAUGUGUAACAUAAAGGCAGUGACGUUUGUCACAGCGAAAGGCAAACGAAUCUGCUCUGACACUUCCAACCCCUGGGCACAGAKAACCAUGCAGUACCUGAACGAGAAGAACAAGUCUCACACACUGCAAAAACAUCACAUCGCCUCAACUACUACUUCUACUACAACCACCACUAUCGCACAACCAGCCAACAACAACCCUCACAAAACAWCAUUUUCAGCUCACAACCCCAAAAUUGCUUCUCAAUGGUCAACAACUCACCACAAGACYUAGAAGAACAUAGAAUUUUCCAGUUCCUAGUACAUCAGACUAUUGACUUUGAAUGUUUGAAUAUUUUCAAUAUGCAGCUAUUAUAACAUUUAUGUCACUUUAAUSAAUAUCUUUAUAUAUUUAUGAAUGAUUAAAUCGAAUUUACUUCCACAGUGAAUUUGAUGAUUGUGAUUGUGUGUUAACUUGCUGGCUAUUUGCCAGAAUGCAUAAACAAUGUAUAAUGUU